AUGUCCGGCGUCGAGGACGUAGAUGCCCAGCGUAAGAACUACCGACGACCGCACAACGCGCACAAUCCGAUACCCACGGUCCAAAAAUACCGUGAGGAGAAGCAGAGAAGACAAGACGAGUAUGGCCAUCCAGAUGGCGCAAGUAACGAGCCAAGCACACGCGACCGGCUGGGGGAUGCCGUCAACGUCUUCAGGCAUGGUAGAGAUGUAGAGCUGGACAAUGAUGGCAAUGGGCCGUAUCAAGCUAGGAACAAGAACAUCGAGCAAGACGAGCAAAUUGCAGACGAUCACGCCGGAAAGAACACACCCGAGCAGAAAGACCAAAAUCUGGCGAAAGAUCAGGACGACGAAGAUGGACUACAGGACACAACAGAGGAUGGCAUGAUAUCCUCAGAUCCUAAGCAGGCCCGAAAGGAUAUGAAGAAGUUCAAAGCCGAUGGUGCAGAUCGCGAAGUCACCGACCCCAUCACCCAUCUACCUAUCCAAAUCCACGACUAUACAGAUCGAGAGCUAAAGAGCACUGCAAAGAACCCGCCGCCUGUAGGGUCAGACCCACGCACCAUGACUGGCAAAGACGCCAUCAACAAGAGCGAUGAACAUCUCGAAGAUGAAUGGCAGGAAUCACAGGACUCACAUGUUGGUAUGCAGGCCUUGUUUCCACCUCCGUCCUUUGACAGGACAAGAAGCGAGAUCACGACCGUUUAUAUGCAGGCUGUGACUGUUGGCGUAGGAGCAGCUGCAAUUAGCUUGAUGUUGGUCAACACACUAUUCUGGCCCACGCGCCAUGCGACAGGCUGGGGAAGACAGUUAUGGAAGGCUACUGAACUCAGUACUAUGGCAGUCAUCUCCACGGCCAUCAUACUCUUCAUGCGACAGUGGUCAGAGAACAAGAUCAAGAAUGUGUGGGAUGCUGAGGUUUGGCAGGCAGAACGACAAAGGGGCCAGAGAUUGGCCAAGACCCAAACUGCUGAAAGUACACAGUGGCUGAAUUCGCUAUUUGCUUCCGUAUGGCCGUUGAUUAACCCGGAUCUGUUUACGAGCAUUUCGGAUACACUUGAGGAUGUCAUGCAAGCUUCCCUCCCCAGUAUGGUUCGCAUGGUCGCCGUCGAGGAUCUUGGUCAGGGUAGCGAGGCCCUCCGCAUCCUCGGUGUUCGAUGGCUUCCUACAGGUGGGGCUGCUAGAUCAGUGGGCUCUGACGGAAAUUUGAAGUCUCCUGACGAGGAGAAGGGCGACCGGACUGUCGAAGAGAGCGAUGACAGCGGUGAAGGCCAAGAUGACCAACCACAGCAAGACACAAUGGAGGCUGAAGAUGGAGACUUCGUAAACGUGGAAGUUGCCUUCGCAUACAGACCAUCAACAGGAAAGGGCAUCAAGUCACGCGCCAAACAUGCUCAUUUACUGUUGGCAUUCUAUAUGCCAGGUAAUAUCAAGAUACGUAAGUUUUGUCUUCCCAAGCAUCCCUCAUUUACUUACACAUCUUAG